GUAGAGGAUGGGAAUGCGGAUACAUUAUGGUAAUUGAAUAUUUAAACCUCGUUCGGCAUCCGCACGCCUAUAUAUACCCCUCCUCGCUCCUUUUCUUCUUCUUUCUCUUCCCACCCGCUCGCCUCCGGCCUUCUAAAAUAAGACGAAGCCCAAUACGAUGUGCCAAAAACCCCGAUUCGACGCGCGUAUGCGUCUAAAAUCUAA